AUGACUUCGUCAUUCAUGAGCGUCCAAGAAACGAGUCGUUUCCUAGAAAAAACGACAACCGGCCUGACGCCUUUGAUGCUUGCAGCCAAGGAAAGUGACCUGAAGCACUGCCUUGAAUUGGUUGAAAAAUCAGGCGAAAGGGCUGAUGCAACUACAGAAUUCGGAGUAACCCUGCUUCACAUUGCUGCGACGAACAAAUAUGGUGGAAUGGAUAUCAUCCGUCAUUUUAUUAUAAAUGAAGGCCUGGAUUUGAAGAAAAAAGAUGCUGAUGGCGAAGAACCGAUCCACUAUGCGGUUCGGCUGGCCGACUUUGAGCGAGCAAAGGAACUGCUGAUUCUCAGAAACAACAUACCGAAUAUAAUCCACUACUUCGUCACAAAAAACAACUUGAAGUUCAGCAAGAUUGUCCAUCAACACGACGGCGAGCUGGUUAAGAAAUUCGACUCCAAGGGUAGAUUGGCCCUCCACAUCGCAGCCGAACUUGCGGGUCCGGAAAUGGUCAAGUGGCUUGUUUGCGAGGCUGGAGUCGACGUCAGGGCUUUGAGCAAAGAUAAGUCGACAGCUAUGCACUUCGCCGCGCGAAAUAGCCGAAACAGCUACGCCAGAAAAAUGGUGGCGUUUUUCUUGAGUAAAAAGUUGAAUAAGUACGCAAAAAAUGAGUCUGGAGAAAUGCCAAUGCACGCAGCACUUUCCGUGGAAAAUGUCUAUGUCGCUCUUGACUUGUUGGAGGCAGGCGUGAAGCUUCAGAAAUGUGAUAGGAACAUUUUGAUGUACUGCGUGAAGAUCAACAAAAUCAAAAGUGCCAAAUUUAUUUUCAACAGAAAUUUGCGCUUUUUAAAAGGGGUCGAUUCAGCAGGUUGCAAUUUGCUCCACGUCGCAGCAGAGUUUUCGAACAAGGAAAUGUGUGAGUGGAUCGUCAGCAAAGAAGAAAUCAAUCCCAAGAAAUUGUGCGCCUCAGAGUUGAAAUCCACCGUCUUCCACCACGUGGCAAAAAACAAGGCGCACGGGGUGGAGCUCGUCCGUUACUUCGUCGGCUUGAAAGUUGAUCUGAAUAAAAGGGACAAAUCAGGAGAAACUCCCCUCCACUAUGCGCUUCGGAACGAAAACCUGGAGGUCGCCGACGAGAUGAUUAGCAACGGUGCUGAUUUGGAUGUUAAGUUGGAUGAAUUGAACUUGUUAUGGUUCUGUAUUUCAAAAAACAUUUUGAAGAGUGCCAAAUUCGUGCAUUCAAAGAACCCAAGUCAGAUGCAGGUGCAGGGAAAAGAAGGUGAAAACGCUCUUCACCUCGCGGCAGCCAACGCCGAUCUGAAUUUGUGCCAGUGGCUUUGCAAUGUCCACCAUUACGCGCGGUCCUUGAGCGAGGUGAUGCACAAUUCCGUUCUACAUUUCGUCGCCUGCAACGAGAAGUACGGACAAAGCCUCGUCAGCUUUUUUGUUUCCAAGAGUGUGGACAUUUAUGAUCGCAACAAGAAUAUGGAGACGCCUCUGCACACUGCUCUGUGCGAAGAAAACAUCAAAGUCGCCAAGGAGCUGCUUAAAUUUGGCGCCAAAUUAAAAGUCAAAAUCAAUAAUGACAACCUUCUGCACUUUUGCAUCCGCAGAAAUAAACUCGCCAGCGCCAAAUUCGUGGUAGGAGUCAAGCCAGAACUUGUAAAGGAAAAAUGCACUGGAGGAAAAACCGCGCUUCAACUGGCCAAGGAACACGCCGAUCUCGAAUUUUGCACGUUUCUCACUGAAAUGUAG